CCUUCUCCCAGCUGCUGCCCAGCCUAUAAAGUCUCCCUUGGCGUCCUUGCCCACUCUGUCCCCCUCCCUUAAUACCCAGAGUCAUAAUGGCAGAGCUACCUGUGACGGAGAUGCCUGGAGAUGCUCUGUGCAGCGGGCGCUUCACCAUCAGCACCCUGCUGGGUGGUGAUGAGCCCCCACCAGCUGCCUGUGACAGCAGCCACCCCAGCCACUUGACACACGGCAGCACCUUGUACAUGCGCACCUUCGGUUACAACACUAUCGACGUGGUGCCUGCCUACGAACACUAUGCCAACAGUGCUCUGCCGGGCGAGCCCCGGAAGAUGCGGCCCACCCUGGCUGACCUGCAUUCAUUCCUCAAGGAAGGCAGUCACCUGCAUGUCCUGGCCUUUGAUGGGCGGUCAGGCCAUGAGCUGACCGAUGGACUUGUGGAGGAUGAGACCGGCACCAGCAGCGAGAAGAGCCCCGGGGAGCCUGUGCGCUUCGGCUGGGUCAAGGGGGUGAUGAUCCGAUGCAUGCUCAACAUCUGGGGUGUAAUCCUCUACCUGCGGCUGCCCUGGAUUACGGCACAGGCGGGCAUCGUGCUGACUUGGCUCAUCAUCCUGCUGUCGGUCAUGGUGACAUCCAUAACCGGCCUUUCCAUCUCGGCCAUCUCCACCAACGGCAAGGUCAAGUCAGGUGGCACCUAUUUCCUUAUCUCCCGGAGUCUGGGCCCAGAGCUGGGGGGCUCCAUUGGCCUCAUCUUCGCCUUCGCCAACGCUGUGGGUGUGGCCAUGCACACGGUGGGCUUUGCAGAGACUGUACGGGACCUGAUUCAGGAGUAUGGUACACCCAUUGUGGACCCCAUCAAUGACAUCAGGAUCAUCGGCGUGGUCACUGUCACCGUGCUGCUGGCCAUCUCCCUGGCUGGAAUGGAGUGGGAGUCCAAGGCCCAGGUGUUAUUCUUUCUUGUCAUCAUGGUCUCCUUUGCCAACUACCUGGUGGGGACACUGAUCCCAGCAUCUGAAGACAAGGCCUCCAAAGGCUUCUACAGCUACCAUGGGGACAUUUUUGUUCAGAACCUAGUGCCUGACUGGAGAGGCAUUGACGGCAGCUUCUUUGGGAUGUUCUCCAUCUUCUUCCCUUCCGCCACGGGCAUUCUGGCAGGAGCCAAUAUCUCCGGGGACCUUAAGGACCCUGCUGUAGCUAUCCCCAAAGGGACACUCAUGGCCAUUUUCUGGACCACCAUCUCCUACCUUGCCAUCUCGGCUACCAUUGGUUCCUGUGUGGUGAGAGACGCCUCUGGGGAUCUGAAUGAUACAGUGACUCCUGGCCCAGGCACCUGUGAAGGGCUGGCCUGUGGCUAUGGCUGGAACUUCACGGAAUGCUCCCAGCAGCACAGCUGCCGCUAUGGCCUCAUCAACUACUACCAGACCAUGAGCAUGGUGUCCGCCUUUGCACCCCUGAUCACAGCCGGCAUCUUCGGGGCCACCCUGUCCUCUGCCUUGGCCUGUCUUGUCUCUGCUGCCAAGGUCUUCCAGUGCCUUUGCGAAGACCAGCUGUACCCACUGAUUGGCUUCUUCGGCAAAGGCUAUGGCAAGAACAACGAGCCUGUGCGUGGCUACCUGCUGGCCUAUGCCAUCGCGGUGGCCUUCAUCAUCAUUGCUGAGCUCAACACCAUUGCCCCCAUCAUUUCCAACUUCUUCCUCUGCUCCUACGCCCUCAUCAACUUCAGCUGCUUCCAUGCCUCCAUCACCAACUCACCCGGGUGGAGACCCUCCUUCCAAUACUACAGCAAGUGGGCAGCGCUGUUUGGAGCCGUGAUCUCGGUGGUCAUCAUGUUCCUGCUCACCUGGUGGGCGGCUCUCAUUGCCAUCGGAGUUGUCCUCUUCCUCCUGCUCUACGUGAUCUACAAGAAGCCAGAGGUGAACUGGGGUUCCUCAGUGCAGGCCCACUCCUACAACCUUGCCCUGAGCUACUCCAUGGGCCUCAAUGAGGUGGAAGACCACAUCAAAAACUACCGCCCCCAGUGCCUGGUGCUUACGGGUCCCCCCAACUUCCGCCCAGCGCUGGUGGACUUUGUGAGCACGUUUACCCAGAACCUAAGCCUGAUGAUCUGUGGCCAUGUGCUUAUUGGACCCCGAAAGCAGAGAGCACCCGAGCUCCAGCACAUCGCCAGUGGGCACACCAAGUGGCUGAACAAGAGGAAGAUCAAGGCCUUCUACUCAGACGUCAUUGCCGAGGAUCUGCGAAGUGGGGUCCAGAUCCUCAUGCAGGCCUCAGGGCUGGGAAGAAUGAAGCCUAACAUUCUGGUGGUCGGAUUCAAGAAAAAUUGGCAGUCCGCUCACCCGGCCACAGUGGAGGACUACAUUGGCAUCCUGCAUGAUGCCUUUGACUUCAACUACGGCGUGUGUGUCAUGAGGAUGCAUGAGGGGCUCAACGUCUCUGAGGUGAUGCAGAUGCACGUUAAGAAACUAAAAAUGUUUGACCCAGCAGAGGAAGGCAAUGGAGCCAGUGGAGGUGGGGCUAAGCCAUCUGUGUCUGUCAUGGCCCCAGAGGCGUUGGUACAGGAGGAGCAAGCCAGCACCAUCUUCCAGUCGGAGCAAGGCAAAAGGACCAUUGACAUCUACUGGCUGUUUGAUGAUGGAGGCCUCACCCUGCUCAUUCCCUAUCUCCUGCACCGGAAGAAGAGAUGGGGCAAAUGCAAGAUCCGGGUGUUUGUUGGGGGCCAGAUCAACAGGAUGGACGAGGAGAGAAAGGCGAUCAUUUCUCUUUUGAGCAAGUUCAGACUGGGAUUUCAUGAAGUUCACGUCCUUCCGGACAUCAAUCAGAAGCCUCAGGCUGAGCACACCAAGCGAUUUGAGGACAUGAUUGCACCCUUCCGCCUGAAUGACAGCUUCAAGGAUGAGGCCACUGUGGCUGAGAUGAGGAGGGACUGUCCGUGGAAGAUCUCGGAUGAGGAGAUUAACAAGAACAGAGUUAAGUCCCUUCGGCAGGUGAGGCUGAAUGAGAUCCUGGUGGACAACUCUCUGGACGCUGCUCUGAUCAUCCUCACCUUGCCCAUCGGAAGGAAGGGGAAGUGCCCCAGCUCGCUGUACAUGGCCUGGCUGGAGACUCUGUCCCAGGACCUCAGACCUCCUGUCGUCCUUAUACGGGGCAACCAGGAGAACGUGCUCACCUUUUACUGCCAGUGAUGUCCAGUGAGGUGGUUCUCGCCCCAAGGCGGAACCCACCCUCACCAGCUAGAAACGCAGCUCCAUGUUCUGCUUCAUAUUGAGUCAUGAUCACAUCUGCUGGUCCCCUGCAGGAGACGGUGCGUUUCCAAACCGACUGACCUGCCAGACACACCUUCUGGACCUCCAAGCUGCAUGGAAGUCUCUGGAAGAUUCUAUAUCUCUUUUUUAAAAUCUUUUUCUUGAUGGCCAAGUAGUAAAACUGCAGUCUGAUUUGUAUGCAAAUUGAGUCCUAGCACCGGGUGUGUAUCUUGGCAGCCUCUCCAGACCACCCUGGUAACCAUCCCCAGAUCAGUCUCAUGCCCUCAGACAGGAGAGCUGGAGCCCUCCCUGAGGACCUGUGUGGAUCUCCAGGACCUCAGGGUCGCCUGAGCCUGCACAGAAUGCACAUUUCUUCAGCCCUCGCUCCUCUUGCUUUUCAGUGUUGGCACCCAGGUGUUCUCACUGGUCACUUAGCCCAGGGCCAUUAAGGUUCUUUGACUACAAAUUCUAUGGUUUUCAUGGAGACUGUAAGAACACACUCAGAACACAUGCAGAACAACCCAGAACACACAGAGAACACAUGCAGAACACACCCAGAACACAGCCAGAACACACACAGAACACAACCAGAACACAUGCAGAACAC